CGCUAUGGAUUUUGUCAUUUCGAUUGGUUGGAGCUCAGAGAUGGUAACACAUCAAGCAGGUACUGUGGCUCUGUAACUCCCACUACAUUUAUUUCUAGCUCACAUUGGUUACAAGUUGAGUUCGUAUCUGAUGAGCUUAAUGAAGGAGUAGGCUUCUUUGCAAAAUAUCAAAUGAUUGAACCGAACCAAGGAACCUGUUCCUGGGAUGAAUUCUUAUGUGAUAGACGACGUUGUGUCUUGCUUCCAGCCCUCUGUGAUGGAAUCUUUGAUUGCAUUGACAGGACAGAUGAAGAAAACUGCAGUCAGAGCCAAUGGGACUGUGGGGGCACUUUAAAUGCGCUGCAAGGGUCUCUCUUCUCUCCCAGAUAUCCUGAACUUUUUCCCAGUAAGACUGUUUGUCGGUGGCUUAUCUCAGUAUCAGAU